UAACUCAAGGAGAGUCAGACUGGUGUCUUCAUUUGACUGAGAAACUUCCUACAACAUGAAGUGCCAUAUCCUCCUCUUCCUCGCAGUGACUUUCCUUGAGGUCAGAAAUGGAAGGUCAUUCUAUUCUGAUGACAGCAAUGAAUUUCUAGAGGUUCUAGAUUAUUCAGGGAACGGUGUGCAUGAAUGCCCAGGUGAUACCAGACAUCAACUCAGAAUUAAACAUGAUAUCUGCAAACUGCCUGCAGAUAAAGGUCCCUGCAAAGCUCACUUUCCCAGAUUCUUCUACAAUUCUACCUCAAUGGUAUGUGAACCAUUCAUCUAUGGUGGCUGCGGUGACAAUAAGAACAACUUUCUUACUGUAAAAGAAUGUACAGAUGCUUGUCAAACACAAGAUGUAUGUAAACUGCCUCCUAAACCUGGGCCUUGCCUGGCCUACAUGUCAAGAUACUUUUAUAAUGCUACUUCAAAGACAUGUCAACAUUUCAUAUUUGGUGGUUGUCAAGAAAAUGGAAAUAAUUUCCUUGAUGAAGAUGAAUGUUUUAAAAGAUGCCACACGAAAGAUGUCUGCAAGUUGAAUUACAAAACAGGUCCCUGCCGUGCCUUCAUUUCUAGAUACUUCUUCAACCCCACUUCUUUGGCAUGUGAACCAUUCACUUAUGGUGGCUGUGAAAGUAAUGGAAACAACUUUGAGACUGAGAAGGAAUGUCUGUUGACUUGCAGAGCAAAAGAUGCCUGUAAGCUGCAUCCCGAAACAGGUCCAUGCAAUGCUGCCUUUCAAAGAUAUUUUUACAACACCACCUCCAUGAUGUGUGAAUCAUUUAUUUAUGGUGGAUGUAAGGGUAACGGGAACAACUUUAUAUCUGAACUAGGCUGUAUCCACACUUGUCAAACAAAAGAAGUCUGUAAAUUGCAUUAUGACGCUGGACCCUGCCUUGGCUUCUUUCCCAGAUAUUUCUACAAUUCCACCUGCAUGAAAUGUGAGCCUUUUACUUAUGGUGGUUGCCAUGGUAAUGGAAACAACUUCCGACAUGAAAAGGAAUGUCUCCAUGCAUGCCAAAGUGAAGAUGUUUGUAAACUACAUCCUGAAACAGGAUUCUGCAAGGCCCACAUUCCCAGGUACUUCUACAACUACACCUCUAUGACGUGCCAACAUUUUAUCUAUGGUGGCUGUGGUGGCAAUGGAAACAAUUUUCAUUCAGAAAAAGACUGUUUCGACACGUGCAGACAUGAAGAUGUCUGUAAGUUGAAGCCUGAGGUGGGACCAUGUGAAGCCAUAAUUCACAGAUACUUUUACAACUCCACUACCAUGACAUGUGACCAGUUCAACUAUGGUGGAUGUAGUGGCAAUGGCAACAACUUCCACACUAAGAAGGAAUGUCUCCAGGAAUGCCAAAAUGAAGAUGUCUGUAAGCUGAAUAGUGACCCAGGUCGCUGCUAUGGCUUCUUUCCCAGAUACUUCUACAACUCUACCUCCCAGACAUGUGAAAAAUUCAUCUAUGGUGGCUGUGGUGGGAAUGGAAACAACUUCGACAAUGAAGAGGAAUGUCUUCAGACAUGCUGAAGAGAAGGAUGAAGUUUUUGCAUGUGCCACAAAACAAACUGAAGCCAGCAUUUGUAAAUCAACAUGUCAGUCCAGAAGUUUUUUCAAAUGGAACGGAAUCGACAAAAAGAAAUUACAUCCUGAACAUACAUUAAUGUUUUAUAAGGCAAAUAUCAAUACAACAGAAAUGUAUGAAAGAGAACAAGCAUGCUGAGCGCUUUUGCUACAUUAUCGAUAUGUCCUUCUCUUAUGCACUAUCAGUGCAGAAUGUAUGUUUCCUUUUUAUGCAGUUCCGAGUUUUGAAAUUAAGUUUCUGCUGUUUACUUUGGCUGACCACCCUGGCUGCCCCUUAUGCUAUUUUCUGCUUUCAUUAUUAUGCUUCAGGUGACACGGAUGUUACCACUAACGAUUAUUUAUUUGAUAAAAGAACUGUGUUUGCCGUUACUGUUUACCAUUUUUGUGGUACAUAUAGUUUUACAUGUAAUAUAGUGUUACUUUAGUACAUGGUUGUUUUGCCUGUGGUAUUGAUGCUUGGCAUCUUGUACAAAUGACUGCAUUACAGGUUAGAUCAUGGCAAAAAAGGUCUAUAAUUAUCAAUGCACUUUGUAAUUUAAUAAAGAAUACAUGAAAUAAA